GCUUCGGUAGCCUUGUCUGUCUCUGGAAUCCGGCCUCUUUUUCCCGUGCAGGUACGAUCCCGCCCCUGCUCGAGGUGUUCCAUGGAGUUGAAUGACUGCGAGGAGAUGGUGAAAGUGCUGGGCGCGUGUCUCUCUCAAAUCAGAUGGCGACUGAGGUCCUCGACAAGGCGUCGCCUCGAGACGGGUUACUUUUCUCCUCCAUAUUCCUGUUUCGUUCUUACUGUUCUGAUGGAAUCAGGGGCUCUAACCGGAGCUGGUUUAUGGAUAUUCUAGCACUAUGCACUAGACUGAGACCUGCUGUGUUAGUGGACUAUGGUGGAAUUAUGCCUAAGCUUCAAGAGAAUUUAUCCUCACUCUUACUCCUUGCCAAGAAGGAAUCAAGUACAUUACAUCAUUUGAGGGUAAUGAUCUUAGACGACAUGGUUUACAUUGUUAAUGUUGAAGAACUUGCUGAGCAUGUAUUUCUAAGUCUCAGUUCAGGGCAGAAGCUAAUUCUUGUAGAUCUCGAGCAAUGCCCACUGAAGAUUCUGUCACCUACAGAAUCAAAUGAUAUUGCGUCACAGCUCUUCUCUAUUCAGAAGCUAUUUUCAACAGUUUUUCGUGUUGGAGUCGACAAAGAAUCAUGUAUCAAGGAGAAGCAUUCUGCUAUACAAAUUGCUGAUCCUAUUGAUCUUAGCAGCUUUUUACAUGAUGCAAGAAUCACUCUACCCUCUCUAAAUGGGUGGCUUCUUGGUUAUCCUAUCACAUACUUAUUCAGCAAGGAAUAUGCUGAAAAAGCUACUCUGCAUCUUUCCACCAAGUCUCUUCGUAUAUUCAAAAUUAUGGUUAGCAGGCAACAAGCAUCGGGUUCUCAACUCUAUGAAACUGAACUGAUGAGUUUCACAGUGCCCUGUGAUAUGAGCCAGAGACUAGAUAAAGAACCAUGGAUUGCUGCAUUUCUCAGUCGGAUAUCAGAGAAACUCAAAAGAUACAAGCAGAUUUGGGCAUCCAUGCAGUUGGAGAUGGAGUCGGUUAGACGGGAAAGGGAGUUGCAGAUGGCCAUAAUCACUUCACUCUUAUAUUUAUAUUUAAGAGAUAUCGUAAGCAUUUCAUCUAUUCCUGAGGUCUCUACUACCAUUCUCCAAGUCUCGAAUUUGGCUUGAUCUCAUCUUCAUCGCUGCCAUCAAUAAGUCAAUCUUGUGCUUUACUAGCUUGAGAGGAUAGAAGUAAAUUUUCACUCAUUUCUCUUUUACUUUUCUUCUUCAUAAGAUUAGCAUUGAAUUUGACAUAUACAAGAUGAUUCAAUUUUGAUGUUUUGAGUCUA